AUGAGAGCACAAACUAAGCAAGAAACUUUCCAAGACCUCGACUUGACCCAAGAAGAAGUCGACUAUAUGCGUGAGCAAUUCCAUAUAAUAGACCGUCAAAAUAUUGGCUACAUCAAUAUCCAUGAGCUAAACGGUUUAUUUGAAGCUGUCGGUGAAAAUCCAUCAGAAGACAAAAUGUCCAAAAUUGGUACUUUUAUUGAAGAAAAAGGCGUGACCAAGGUCGAUUUAUCGACGGCGCUUAAAGCUUGGAGCUAUCUAAAAGAGCUUAACUUAAAAGAUGAAGAAGAAGUCGACAUUGAUAUUGUCAAUACUUUUGUGGCAAUGGGAGGAAAUAUUGACAGGUCUGGGGUCGUGAAAAAACAAAAACUUAUUGAUAUUAUUAAGGUCGAGUUUGGCCUGACAAUUGAUAUUGAAGCGAUGUUUGAGGAAGCAGGACUAGAUGUAGAGGACGAGCUGAAUUUUUAUGAUUUCACUUGUUUGUUGGAAUCUGGAGGAUCGCAGAGAGCAAGCAGAAUUUGCUCGUUUAUAUCGAUGGCAUCUUUAGGAUAA